CAAGUUUCGCUUUUAGUAGAUGAGAUGCUGAGUUUGAUUCUUAUUUCACCGCCAUGAGCUAGCCCAUAAUUGUGUUCUAGUUCAUUAGUCGACCGUCCGUCGACACCGCAAACACGACAGCCUGGAGUGGUUCCCCCGUGCUUUAGUUUGGUCGACGUCUCGUCCCGGAACAAAAUCAAGCCGUCAUUUCAACCUCGUCAAGUCCUUCGUCAAAUCACGCAAGGCAAGAAUUAUACCUGCGACUGCGUCGGCAGCACACUGACACUGUCGCUCCUCCUGUUGGCCCUUCGGCAGUUGUAGUGAAAGCAGCUAUGGCUGCCGCGUAGAGGACGCACCUGCAGAGCGGUAGCCAGCGCAAAAUGCAGCUACGCGGCCAAGAACAAGAUCAUGAGCCGGUAUAAGUAUUUCUAUCCGUAUUUUAUUUGUGUGUGUGUGUGUGUGUGUGAAGAUUCCGUUUCCGUUUAAUAUUUCAUAAUCGUUAUCCGUUUUUUUGUCAACAAGGUUGCUGAUUUUCGCGAAGAGGCACUGCCGUGUUGUUCUUCAUUUUCCUUGAUCAUGUAGAUGUUGUGGGUUGAAAGAGAAAUAAUUGAAAUAAAUCCUAAAGGACCACGACGGCCCCGUGGUGCUGAAAAUUGGGACGAAGCCCAGUGCCCCGUCCUCUCCGAGAAAACGACGCCCAAGUGUAAGUGGCGGCGAAGCGGUGAAAAACAGUUUGCUUUCGUGCUGUUUCUCCCCUUCCGCUUCCUCAACAAGAACCUGGAGCGGAGCCCUAGCGAAUGCGAACAUAACAGCCGGGGGUGCGGCGGGGACAAGCAGAAUAAAUGCCGGUAGCAGCGCGGAGCGCUACUCGAAAAGGUGCACGGUGGCUGUGGUGGAGGAGGAGCUCCCCAUGCCACGCAGUACUAUUUCGCUGCAGAGAAUGACGCAUCGAGCCGGUCGUCGCGGAAGUGUCCCAGCAUCGACACCCUCCCCCUUGGCGAAAAGGCCCGCGCGCAACGCUUCCUGCACGAACUUGAUCCGUCGGACCAGUGGACACUACGACGCACCGGUGGGGAUAGAAAAUACUGCGGCGAGCUCUGCGACAGCAGGUAUGCAUGAUUUAUCAUAUGUUUUGUAACUAUGUUUAUGUUACUACUUCCAUCAGAACCAGAAGGGGCCCAAUGGAAAGAGCGCUGGGAUGAAAAAGUUUAAUGUUCUUGUGUUACAACACGGAUUUUUCUUUCGGAUGUUUAUCGUGCUCGUGCCCCCGUUAUCUAGAUAAAUGUAGUAGGUCGUCUAGAAAUAAAAUGAUGUGAAAGGUCGCUACGAACAAUUCCGGUGUCGUCCAGAGGAUCGGUUGAGAAUCAAGAUCUUCGAAGUGGAGGAAACCGACGACGAAUAUCCAGGAAAAAACACCCAUCCACAUCCAAUUUGUCAUGCAAAACAUGCAUAAAAUCCACUAUUUGUCAUGCAAAAAAUGGAUGGGGAUGGGUGUUUUUUCCUGGAUAACGAAGCACGAGCAGGGUCUUCGUCUUCAACCGGCAGCAAAACGUCGAAAAACAGUUUGUUCUCGUGCUCUUUUUCCCCUUCCUCAAGAGCCCGGAGAGGAGCCCUAGCGAAGGCGAGCAGGAGCAGGACAGCUGGCGCGGCGGGGACGACAAGCAAGAACGCCGGUAGCAGCGGCGCGGGGUGGUACUUGGAAAGAUGCGCGGUGGCCGUUGUGGCGGACGAGCUCCCGCCCGAGCCCGUGACGCAUACUAUAUCGCUGCGGAAAAUGCCAAAUCAGACCGGUUGUGGAGGAGGUAGCUUUUUGUUGUUGCUUGUCUGUCGUGCUCGGGAGUGUUUUUGUAGUACACGAAGAAGAUCAUCAUUCUGUAGGAGGUGCAGCAGAUUCUAGAAUUUAUAUACGCUGAGGCCGUAUUCGUGAUACGUAUGUUUCUUUAUGUAGUAGACUCUACUAAGUAGUAGAGAUGAAAUGGUGAAUGUAUAUUAAAACAGUUUUUCCAGCACCAGCAUCGGUACCCAAUCCCCCCCUUGGCGAAAAGACCCGCGAGCAACUACGCUUCCUGCACGAGCUUGAUCCGCAACAACACCAAAAACCAAUCCUACGUGUCGAAGACUCUGCUGCAAGCAAGCGGACUUGUUGUCUUCGUCCGGUGGUUCUGGCCACUACUACUUCUUUUGCUAGCUGGUCACUUGUGCGACUGCCUCGACCCGCACCAGGUAAUGGAGGGUUACUAUGUGGAUGA